AUGGCACCCUUCUCUUUUACCAAACUUUCACUAUUAGCUUUUGUACUUUACAUGUGGCAACAUCCCAACUAUCACGAAGAUGAUUUUUCAAGACAGGGUGUGAGUACUUUAUUACAAGUACAUAAUAAAGUAGGUAGAAAUUUAGCAAGCAAAGAAGAAAAAAAAGAAGAAAAAAAAGAAGAAAAGAAAGAAGAAAAGAAAGAAGAAAAAAAAGAAGAAAAGAAAAAAACAAAUAAAACAUUAUUAGGGAAAAAAGGGAAAAAGGAAUAUAAGGAUGGUAGAUCCACAUUUGUAGGAGCUAGAGAUAUUAACAAAGAGAAGAGUGAAAUGGAUAGUUAUCGACAGAGAAAAUUAGAUUUCUGGGAACAUUUCGAACCAACAAUGACAGCAAAUUUUGAGAAGGUAUUAAAAAGGUGUUUUGCACGUAAAGCAGGAGAAGAAGACAUGGAUGAAGAUUAUUCAGUUGUACUUCCAAAGCUGGGAUGGAAUGCGGAUCCAUAUGGUGUAUUAAAGAAAACAAAGAAAGGGACGGUGCAGGAAGGAUAUAGGAAAAUGCUAGAAAACAAUUUCCGCAAUGUUCCAUACGUACAUGAUUCACAGAAUGCUCAUAAAUCAAACGAACCAUACCUAGAAAGAGAAUACGGACGCGUAGAGUUGGGCGCUGAUGCAAAAACAUGA